AUGGCAUUGUGCUCCAUUGUCCACAUGUCAAGGAGCCUUCUUCCCUCUAGGAAAAUCCAUUAUCUGCAACAACUUCUUGGAAGCCUUGCGCUGAGCGUAGCGAUGGUGGAAAUUCAGAUAUGCAAUGCAGUGGCUAUAGCAAAAAUGAUGAACGCCACUCUGAUUUUGUCUGUCUUGAAGCAGGACCAGAUUUGGAAAGACCAUACGAAAUUCGAAGAUAUUUUUGACGUUGAUCAUUUCAUUGAUUAUCUGAAGGAUGACGUUAGAAUUGUUCGUGAUAUACCUGUGUGGUUUACUGACAAAAAUGAGUUGUUCACAAGCAUAAGGCGGACAGUGAAGAAUAUUCCAAAAUAUGCACCAGCCCAGUUCUACAUUGACAAUGUGUUGCCUCGGAUCAAGGAGAAGAAACUAAUGUCACUUAAGCCAUUUAUUGAUCGACUUGGGUAUGACAACGUGCCUCAAGAAAUCAACAAGUUGAGGGCUCUCAAUCUUAGAUUCGAGAAAGGGAUGGUCGGUUUUUCCUUCUGUGAUUUCGUGGAGACGAGAGAUGAGAAAGUUAAGAUGGUUGAGUACAGGAAGAAAGAAUGGCCAAGGCGUUUUAAGAAUAGUUCCCAUUUAUGGCAACUGGCUCUUCAGAAGAGAAAGGAAGGAAGGUGCCCUCUUGAACUAGGCGAAGUUGCAAUGAUACUUCGGGUAAUGGGUUAUCCUAAGGAAACUCAAAUAUACGUGGCUUUUGAGCAGGUCUACGGUGGUCAAAACCAAAUGGCUCCACUGAGAAACAUGUUCCCAAAUCCUGUAACAAAGGAGGAGCUAGCUGUUAGUGACGAGUUGACCAGUUUCAGGAAGCACGUGACGAGUUUGGCAACACUCGACUUUCUGGUGUGCUUGAAGUACAUGGGCCACCGUCAGAAGUCCAUAAAACCAGACAAGGGGCUCAUGUCAAAAUCCUUUGAGGACCCUUACAUGGGGUGGGCGACGUUUGUGGAGGACGUGGUGGUGAAUCAUCAGACGAGAAUUGGGUUGCCGGAGGAGACGUUCCCCAACUAUGAUCUUUGGAGAAUCCUCUGA